UGUUGGGAGUUUAAGGAAAGCAAAUAGAUUGCAGGGAUACUCUGGUCCAACAAAUCAGCAAGUUGGUUCUGACUUGCUGCUUAAAAGUCAGCUGGUGAGGCAUGGGUUGAAAUAUCCUGCCUGAGGAAGUGGGUGGUGGUGUUGCCAUCUCAGCCUAUCAGGUGUGAGAAAAUUGAUCAGCAAAGAGAGAAACUCGCAGCCUGUACUUUAUUUAGACUUGCCUGGGCUCUGCACGUAGCUGGCAAGGUAGCUUUGCUGCAUCCAGUCCUGCACAUGUCUCUGGGAGGGGGAAGGAGGAAGCGAACAAACUGCUGCAGUCUCCAGCAUGUCCCCUGGGUUCCUGGGCUGUGCUGGCCUCACCGGACUGGCAGGGGAUGAGAGAGCAGCGCAGGAGCUUGUGUGCUGUAGCCACUCUGAGUUGUCCCAGCUUAAUCUUUUGAUGACCUUGGUCGCACUUUGGUCUUGACGCUUGACAGCCUCUUCUGCAGAGUCUCAGAAAACUUUGCCUAAGUAUCCUCAGUCCAGCUCGUGGGAUUGCAGCUUCCUGAAGUUCCACAGCAAUUGCUGGUUCCCCAGUCUCUUCUGUGCUUGGUUCAGAAAGCUUUAGAGAGCGUGACCCAGAAAUGGAAACUCUGCAGUGUUUAGCGGCAUUUUCAUGAGGAUACCAAGCCCGCCUCAGUUUGAAGACAGUUUUGCUAGCACUGGAAAUAAAGACACACUUUCAUGCAAGCCAGGUUUGCAGUUCAGGUACAAGCUUCUAGAUCUUAAUGUAUUGCUACCAUAUAAUUUUUUUAAAAGCCUGUCAUGUGGAAUCUGAAGUCUUACUUAAAAGCAUUGCUACGUUGCAUUCUCACUUUGAAAUGCGUACAACUAUAGAUAGAUAGCUGUCACUUCCAGACAUGGAAAUAUUACUAUAGUUCAUUGUUGUCAGUAGCUAUUGUGUGCAGUCAGGAUGUCCUGGGGAAAGAGCGUGCAUGGUUUAAAGUAGAUGUUAAGUCCAUCAGCGUUCCAGCGGUUAUAAGCUAGAAGAAAGCUGUUUGUAUCUAGCUGAAUUGGAGAUUGGGCUAACCUUUUUUUAUUAUUAUAUUAUUAUUAUUAUUUUUUGCUGUGGAGGAGAAGUGGUAACUGAAAAUUUUGAGAUUUGUUGUUCUGUUUGCUAUGGAACCUGAAAAGAAAUGACUAAUACGUAAAGCUUUAUAAAACCCUUUCUGGAAAAGGAAGACAGAGCGAAACAGACGGCAUUUCUUUAGGGAGAGAUUUUCUGCAUUAAUGUCUUGUUAGCAAAGUGAAAGAAUAGCUCUUUCUCUGAAGACUCUGCAGCUAAUGGAUAUCUGAAUAUUUCAGUGCGGUGAACUUCAAAGAAGUUAAUGAAGAAAACAAGAGAGAAUUCUUCAGUGAAAUAUUUACUUCCAUUGAAACAUUGGCAUUUACCUUUGGAAACGUUGUUUCAGACUUCCUUAUGGGAGAUGUAGACAAUGGCUCGUCACUGGGACUUCCUGUAUCUCGGAGAAGUCAGUCUUUUGAAAAUCUGUCUGUGGAGUCUGGGGGUUCACUGCAUGAAAGGGAUGAUAUUCAAGGACAUCUUCGAGCAGAGGAGGUUGAUAACAUGCUUCUAAGGAAUGACAGCGGAAUUGAAUCAGCUCUGUCCUAUGCUAAAGCAUGGUCAAAAUAUACCAAGGAUGUAGUCGCGUGGGUAGAAAAAAAGCUUAGCUUGGAAGUGGAGUGUGCUAAAAAUCUAGCAAAAAUGGCUGAAACUGCUAAAGCUGUUGUUGGACCCCAGGAUUAUAUGCCAUUUCAAUCAAUAUUCCUUAAUGCUUUUCAAAAUGAUAUUGAGAACAAUCAGCUCUGGCAACAAACAGCUGCUGCUCUCCAGUCUAACAAAUUUGUGCAGCCCCUUCUGGGAAGAAAAAAUGAGUUGGAUAGACAAAGGAAAGAUAUCAAGGAGCUUUGGCAGCGAGAACAGAAAAAAAUGCAAGAGCUGGAAGCUGCUCUAAGAAAAGCGAAGUUGCUAUACACACAGCGUCAAGAUGAGUAUGAAAAGGCGAAAUCCUGUACCGCUCGUGCUGAGGAGGAGCAUCUUAGCUCAAGUGGAAGCUUUGUAAAAGAUUUCAGCAAGCAACUGGAAAAAAAACGAAGGCUAGAGGAGGAGGCUCUUCAAAAAGCUGAAGAGGCCAAUGAACACUAUAAAGCAAGCAUAGCAGAGAUUGAAGAAAAGAGAAAUGAUUUGGAAAGCUUUAAAAGUGAUGUCUUAAUGCAGCUUCGGGAGCUUAUUUUCCAGUGUGAUCUUACUCUUAAAGCUGCAACAGUUAACCUGUUCCAGCUGCAGCAUGCUCAGGUUGUAUCUCUUCCAGUUAACUGCCAGUCCCUCUGUGAGAGUGCCAAACUUUAUGACCCUGGUCAGCAGUAUUCAGAGUUCGUGAAAAGUUUGCCAAAGGAAGGUGCUCCUAUUGAAUCAGGUUCUUUUGAAACCCAUAGCUCCCAGGUUGAUGGGGUUUUUAAUAAACAAUCAACCAACAGUGUCCAUACAUCACAUGGUAACUUAUCGCAGUGUUCAGGAGAUUUUCCAUCCCAGAUGUUAGAUGAUGUGGGAAGUCCAAUUUACUGUCGUUCACAAAGGAUUGGAGAAAAGAGAUCAUCCAGCAGCACAGAUAUCCAAGCAAUACGAGGGCCACCACCGUUCAGAUCUUGGUCAGUUGGAAACCAGAGUGGAGGAAUGUGCAGUGAUUCUGAAAGUGCAGGGGGAAGCAGUGAGUCACGAUCUAUGGAUUCUCCAUCUGCUAGCCCAGGGGAUUUUAAAAGACGACUUCCACGAACACCUUCUACUGGUACUAUGUCAUCUGCAGAUGAUCUUGAUGAAAGAGAACCGCCAUCUCCUUCAGACUGUGGUUUAAAUGAUCUGACAUCUGAAACUGCAAACUCUCCGGGACCUUUUAGAAACACUAAUAUGUCUAAAGCAGCACAAACACACAAACUGCGGAAGCUGAGAGCUCCAUCUAAAUGCAGAGAAUGUGACAGCUUAGUGGUAUUUCAUGGAGCUGAAUGUGAGGAGUGUUCACUUGCAUGCCAUAAAAAGUGUUUAGAGACUUUAGCUAUUCAAUGUGGGCACAAAAAACUUCAUGGAAGGCUUCACUUGUUUGGAGUGGAAUUUGCCCAAGCUGCUAAAAACGUUCCUGAUGGCAUUCCUUUCAUCAUCAAAAAGUGCACAUCAGAAAUUGAAAGCAGAGCACUGAAUGUCAAGGGCAUCUAUCGUGUGAAUGGAGCCAAAUCAAGAGUUGAAAAGCUUUGUCAAGCUUUUGAAAACGGAAAGGAUUUGGUUGAGCUUUCAGAACUCUAUGCACAUGAUAUCAGCAAUGUUCUCAAGUUGUAUCUCCGCCAGCUUCCAGAACCCUUGAUUUUGUUUCGGCUUUACAAUGAGUUCAUUGGACUUGCAAAGGAAAGCCAGAGUGUUAAUGAGGAAGUGGAUGCUAAACAAGUUAGCCCCAAAUCAAAGAAAAGGCAGUCAAUCUGUAUUGAACUGAAUAGGAUCAUCAUUAAAAUUAAAGACCUUCUGAAACAGCUGCCUGUACCAAACUAUAACACUCUUCAGUACCUUAUUGGACACCUUCACAGGGUUACAGAACAGUCUGAUGAAAAUAAAAUGUCAGCCAGCAACCUUGGCAUAAUAUUUGGCCCAACUCUGAUCAGGCCACGUCAAACAGAUGCUACAGUUUCCUUGUCAUCACUUGUGGAUUAUCCAUAUCAGGCACGGAUAGUGGAGUUACUCAUAACGUACUAUGAAAAGAUAUUUGAUGUUUCGUUGCAACCACUUCUGAGCACAUCUCAGUCUGAAGAAGCUGCCAUUACAGUCAGAGUUGCAUUAUCAGGAGGAGAGAGGGAGCCACAGCAGCAGAGGAAGUCAUUUGUUACUGUAAAGGAAGGUAUUCUGAUAGCUCCAAGUGAAAACAGAGCUUCAGAAACAGCUGUGUUGUUCUUGGAAUCAAACAACAGCAAGAAUACAAAAGAACAAGUAGAUACAUCUGCAACUGAACGUGCAUCAUUACCUCUUGGUGGUAAACAAGAAGGCUCUGGAAAGAAUAGCUCUCUGGCAGAAUCAACAGCUGCAGGUAUUUUGGACAUCACUAUCUCUGCUCCAAAAGAGACAGGUGAUACUGUGAGUCCAGCUUCAGAAAAAGACAGUGAUUCAUUUGUUUCUCCAGGUGAAGAUGGCUGUAAAAUUAACUUAAUUCCUGCAAAACCUAAUCGUCAAAUUAACAAAGUUCCAUUGCGGGCUCCAAGGACAAAACUAGCUAUUCGCCCUGUGAGCUUACCCAUAGACAGAAUACUUCCUCCAUGUGUUUUGAAUGAAAGAAAUACAAAAAAUGUAGGAGCAGUAAGUCCGGAGAAUCUCAGCAAGAGCCCUACUAUUGAAGAAGUUUCAGAGGUAAAGGCAGUCCCUGCUGUUAGUACCUGUUGCAGACUUUCUUGUUGUGACACCCAGAUGCUGCGAAAAACUUGGGACAAGCAAUAUAAACAGUAUGAUAUCACAGCAAGGACAGCGAUGAUAGUGACUAAUGUGCCCCAGGAAAACCGAGCACUUGAAAGUGGAACUGCAGGUGCCUUAUCUUCAUCAUGCAGCAUGAGUAACAAUUCUGCUAACACCAUUCUUCAUGUUAAGCCAUACUCUGUUUCUGUAAGGUCAGGAAGGACAGCAGCAGAAGGGAAUGGUCCUGAUGCCAAGCCUGUUGCUACCUUCAGAGCACCGAGAACAUUGCAGCCACCCCCAGGGACAUUUUAUAAACCACCCUCUAACAAAUCAAAACAAAAUGAAGAGAGUUCUACCGCAAAAGCUUGUACACCAACCAGUGCUAGCUCAGUGCUUCACCAGGAUAAUACUGUGAAACUAGCUAGGAGCUCUGUGCCUCCAUCAGGUGAUCCUGGACAAAACACAGAUGAACAAAAAACUAGCUCAGAGGAUGCUCACCCUACAGAUUUGAAGCCUACUUAUCAGAGACUGAGACCAAAAAGGAUCCAAGAGUUGGAACACAGGGAAGCUCAUUUUGUGUAGGGUGCAAGCUCCUCAUGGACUGUAUGUGGUUUGUUGAUCUUGCCAGGGGAUACUUCCCUUUACCCAUUUACCUUUGCUUUCCCUUGAGAAUCCCACUUCUGUGCCAUAUUAAAGUUAUUUUUAUAUAUGCAGCAUUUUAAAAAUGGGGGGUGGGGGGGAAUUGUGAAGGAAAUAAGUUGAACUUUUUUGUAAUUCAGUGGAUUUUCAUAAGGAUUUAUUGCAUUUCCAAACUAGAUACAGCUAAUGGGUUCAUUGGAUAAGACAGAGCUUCAUUUCAUUGUAUGGAAUGAAGUACUUAAUCAUAGAGAACUGAGUAUUGCAUGUAGCAAUGAGAUGACCCAUCACGAUAGAUGGUGUUAAUAAAAAUGGAAGGGUUUGUUCACUGUCUAAGCAUAAACCAAAGCUUGUAAUUUGCUCUGUAGAAGCAUUUGUUCAGUUUUAUAAUCUGUGCAAUUAAAGCUUUGCUCCUGAAGAGACUUACUUACUGGCCAGCAUGGCCCAUCAUUAUGUAUCAUAUGUGUAUAUUUAGGCAGAUAUGAUUAUCUGUUGCCAGUUUUCUGUGUCACUUUAAUGUUUUUUGUACAGCAAAGAUGCACUUGCUGAGCUUUGCUAUUCAGAAGCAGCAAUCAAACUACAUCUAAUUUCUUAUAUAUGUCAGUGAGUGGGAAAAAUGUGCACAGUCAGUUCCAUAUGGGUGCCCUUCUGGAGAGACUCAGUUGCAGUGGUGAUGUCUUUCUCAGUGGAAUGAAAAGGCAGUGAUUUGCUUGCUAUAGAUCAGUUUUGCCAUUUAACCUGGUAUAACUGAAACGAAAAGCACUGUUUCCAAGUUUCAAUGAAAGAGCUGAAAAUAACCAAAAAUCUGCAGUAGUAGGUGCAUCUAAUGGUUUUCACAUUGUAUUAAAUGGUUUUUAUGUGUACACUGUUAUAUUUGCUUUAAAAUAUAUUAACUUGUUAACGUUUCAGUGA